AUGAAGAGUGCUGAGAUAAGAUUCACAAGGGACACCUCGUGGCACCCACUACGCCCCUACAAGCACAACCACAUCUUCUCCCACCACAACUACAGCUCAUUCAGCAACUACUACAGCUGCUCCACCCACAACCACGGGUGCUUUAACCAAAACUACAGCUGCUAUGGCAACCACAGCUGCUCCAAGAACAGCAGCUCUGCUCCAACCAGCACUACAUCUGUUCCAACUACUAUAGCUGCUCCAACCACAACCACUGCUGCUCCAACCACAACUACAGCUGCUCCAACCACAACUACAUCUGUUCCAACUACUACAGCUGCUCCAACCACAACCACUGCUGCUCCAACCACAACUACAGCUGCUCCAACCACAACUACAUCUGUUCCAACUACUACAGCUGCUCCAACAACAACUACAGCUGCUCCAACCACAACCACUGCUGCUCCAACCACAACUACAGCUGCUCCAACCAGCACUACAUCUGUUCCAACCACUACAGCUGCACCAACCACAACCACAGCUGCUGCAACCACAACUACAGCUGCUCCAACCACAACCACAGCUGCUCCAACCACAACCACAGCUGCUCCAACCCCAAAGACAGCUAUCCUGACCACAACUACAGCCGCUCCAACCACAACCACAUCUGCUUCAACUACUACAGCUUCUCCAACCACAACUACAUCUGCUCCAACCACAACUACGUCUGCUCCAACCACAACUACAUCUGCUCCAACUACAACUACAUCUGCUCCAACUACAACUACAUCUGCUCCAACCACAACUACAUCUGCUCCAACCACAACUACAGCUGCUCCAACAACUACUACAGCUGCACCAACCACAACCACAGCUGCUCCAACCACAACCACAGCUGCUCCAACCACAACCACAGCUGCUCCAACCACAAAGACAGCUAUCCUGACCACAACUACAGCUGCUCCAACUGUAGUUGUGGUUGGAGCAGCUGCUCAAACCACAACCAAUGCUGCUCCAACAACAACUGUGCUGAACACAACUACAUCUGAUCCAACCACAACUACAGCCCCUACAAGCACAACCACAUCUUCUCCCACCACAACUACAGCUCAUUCAGCAACUACUACAGCUGCUCCACCCACAACCACGGCUGAUUCAACCACAACUACAGCUCCUCCAACCAUGACCACUUCUUCUCCAACCACAACCACAUCUGCUUCAACUACUACAGCUUCUUCAAACACAAUCACUGCUGCUCCAACAACAACUACAGCUUCUACAACCACAUCUUCUCCCACCACAACUUCAGCUGCUCCAACAACUACUACAGCUGCACCAACCACGACCACAGCUGCUUCAACUACAACUACAGCUGCUCCAACCACAACCACAGCUGCUACAACCACAACCACAUCUGCUUCAACGACUACAACGUCUCCAACCACAAUCACUGCUGCUCUGACAACAACUACAGCUUCUCCAACCACACCCCCAGCUGCUCCAACAACAAAUACAGCUGUUCCAACAACAACUACGUCUGCUCCAACUACUACAGCUGCUCCAACCACAACCACUGCUGCUCCAACAACAAUGCUGACCACAACCACUCCGGCGGACUUGAGAGCCAGGCGGGCUCAGGCUGAAUAA